AUGAUUCUAAUUUUAACUUUAACUAAAGUUGACUUUGACUUAGCGGAGGCGGAGACGUGCGCAGCGAAGGCGGCAGAGCGCGAGCGGCUCGCGCGGGACGAGAGCGACGCGCUGCGCGACCGCCUCGCGCUCGCCGACGCGUUGCAGAGCGAGGUGAGGUCAGAGCACGACGCGCUGGCCGCGCACUGCCAGCGCCUCACUCUCCAGCAGCAGCAGCUGGAGCUAGAGCUCGCACGCAAAAACGAAGAGUUAGAGCAACUCAGAUCGGAAACUGAGACCCAAAUAUCGGAUUUACAGCAACGACUCACGGAGGUGGAGCAUCAACUCGAGACUGAAAAGGCUACGCUUGACACUGAGAGGAAGAGGAAUGCAAUCUUGCAGGAACAAUUGUCAUCACGGGGAGAUAUAUCGCCGCCUCACUCAGUUGCAUCAGAUACACUCUCAGCAUCUUUAUGGGCUCCGGAGGAGGGCGGGCGCGGUACCCCGCCAGUGAUGUCGGGCAUGGGGGGUGCGGUGUCGGCGCCCGGCGUCGAGGAGGCGCUGGCGGCGCUGACGCGGCGCGACGGCGAGCUGCGCGCCGCCGCCUCCAGCCUGGCCGCGCUGCGCACCGAGCGCGCCGCGCUGCGCUCCCAGCUGGCGCGCCUGCACGAGCAGCUCGCGGACCAGCAGAGCCUCCAAGAGCAGUAUGAUGCAUUGUUGCAAAUGUAUGGCGAGAAGGAAGAGCAAUUGGCCGAGUUACGCUUAGACCUGCAAGAUGUGACGCAACUUUACAAGGCUCAAUUGGACGAGCUUGUGGCGCUGAAAGGCCAGCGGUAG